UCUAGUGGCGUAGUGUUGACAGAAGGAAUGUCACAUCCGUAUCCGCAUUAUGAUAAUCGGCCAUCAAUGCACUCUUCGCCAUCAUUCCGCAACGCACUUGGCCCCAGUACUGCCCGGAACAUCGAGAUGGGUCAAACUGAAGCGCUACGUCCGAACCUUGAUGCUCGUGGACCAGAAGCAUCCCGAAACGAAGAAUUAUCUCAAAAGCUACGCCCAGAUAUGCAACGAAAACAAACGCCAGGUAGCGGGUUGUCCGUAUGUGAUUCAUCCGUUUAGCAGAUUUCGGAAGCACUGGGACUUGGUUGUGUUCCUGGCGUUAACCAUGCACCUGCUCAUUUUGGUGUUUGACUUCACCUUUUUGAUCUUCAAUAGUGUCAGCUCUUACGAAUCAGCUAUCAUAUUUGAUUUGUUCCUGUGCGGGGUUUUGGCAGUUGAAAUCGGGUUGAAAUUUAUCACCGGAUUUGUGGUGGAAGGAACGAACGAGAUCGUGCUGGAACCGAAGCGAAUUGCCUUAAAUUACUUGAAGUACUGCAGAAUGAUCUAUGACAUGGUGGCCGCGUUGCCUUUAAUUUUAGCACUGGAUUACUUCAACCGCAGUUUCUACACGUACCACACCGACGGUUACUUGAUAUUUGUGCUGUUUUUGUAUGCGGCAAAUAUUUUUAGAUUCCUCGACAUUUUUCGGUAUUUUCAGACCUUGCCCAGAUCGUUUCGAGUUAGCGAGAAAAAGAUGCUGAUUAUGAAGGUGGUGAUGCACACCUUCUACGUACUGCAUUGGAGUUCCUGCUUGCGGUACAUACUGCCUCAGUUGGCAAUCGUCGUGGAACCCAAUCCGAAUGAUUUUCUGUCACUUGGAAACCCAUUAUUUCGCACGGAUAACUUCUCCGUUGGUCACUUUCUGGUGGAUGUUUAUUGGAGACACUAUCGAGAUAUGGACAGCAAGCGUUAUCCUGUACCGGGGCAUCGAAUAAUAAUCGAGCCACCAACCUUUCAGCAGUACGUGCGCUUUUACUAUUUCAAUCGUCCCGUCGAUGAUCGGGUUUACGAUCGUAGCUUUGUGAUUAUGAAGCUGGAUGCUGUUCGAAAGAAUUCGACAAUUUUAGAUAAAUAUCUCGCCAGUAUGAUGUCCACCGUGAAACUCAGCCUACACGCAGGAAGAGACGAAUGUGCAGGGCUGCAUUUCGUCAAUAACCUGUUGUCGACGUUUGUGCUACUCGGAGGGUGGAUAUGGUUUACGUACAUUAUGCUCAUCAUGAUACGGACGAUUAUUUCAGCGGAAAUUAGUCAAACACGGUAUGAGGAAUUCGUUAACGAGAUCAAAGCAUUUGCAUUCAACACACGAUUGAGCGAUCUUGUAAAGUGGAAGAUGCUACGACACUUUGCCUUCCGGUUCAGAAAAUAUUAUUUUAAUGAACAUGCAAUAAUGAAAAUGAUGUCCGACAAUUUGCGAAGGAACAUACGGAUGGAAAUUUGUCAUAAUCUUUUGAAUAAUGUAGAGCUGUUUCACGGGUUGCCACAAGCCUUGAUGGAAGAUAUUGUGGAUAAACUAAAGUACGAAAUUUAUUUAGAAGAUGAUGUAAUUAUAAAGGCCGGGACACUGGGUGACUCACUGUACAUGAUUGCGAGUGGUACUGCUGCCGUGUAUUCCCGUGGAGGAACAGAAUUGGGACAUCUGAUAGAUGGUGCCCACUUUGGAGAAAUUUCACUUCUUAGAAAAGAUCAGCAAAGAACGGCUACCAUUGUCGCACUGGAGGAUUGUGAAGUGUACAGGAUAUCAUUCGCGGACUUUCAGAAUUUAAUUGAACCUCAUUCUCCAUUGCUUCUAAAAAUGCACAAAUUAGCCGAUGACAAGAUAGUGAUGGAGCAGAAAAACAGAAACAGUCUGUCUGAAGAAGAAGCUUACGACAAUUUUCUGCAAUAAACUUGUUAACUUGA